GGAAAGCUUAGAUAUGCCAACAACAGCAAUUACAAAAAUGACGUCAUGAUCAGAAAGGAGGUGUGGGAAGACGGUUGAAGAGGGUCCCAAUUCAUUUCCAGGCGUACGUCCACAAGAGCGUGAUGGAGGAGCUGAAGAGAAUCAUUGACGACAGUGAGGUCACAAAGGAGGACGAUGCUCUGUGGCCAGCCCCGGACAGGGUCGGGCGGCAGGAGCUUGAAAUUGUGAUUGGAGACGAACACAUUUCUUUUACCACAUCCAAAAUCGGUUCUCUUAUCGACGUAAACCAGUCAAAGGACCCGGAAGGCCUCCGAGUAUUUUACUACCUGGUACAGGACUUGAAAUGCUUGGUUUUCAGUCUCAUCGGAUUACACUUCAAGAUCAAACCCAUUUAGACCGUGUGUUUGAAGAUGUUUGUGUAUUUAAUUAGGGGAUGGGUGAGAGAGGGUAUUUUUUUUUUAAUUUGGGGAUUUUUUUAUGAAUGUGGAACAAAAUCUAUUCUUUUGUAUGUGAACUGAAAACAUGAAAAUAAGAAAACAAGCCGACUGGAUUUUC